AUGAAAUCAAUUUUCAUUACCCAAGAUAUAUGGGAAAUUAUUCAAGAUGGUUAUGAACAACCCAAAGAUGCCAAUGAAGAGGCUUCUUGGGAUGACACAAAAAAGUGUCAAUACAAGCAAAACAAAAGAAGGGAUCAUUAUGCCCUCUCUAUAAUAUAUCGUGGACUACAUGAGACGAUCCUACCAACAAUCAUGACCGCCACAACUGCAAAGGAGGCAUGGAGCACUUUGGAGACAAAAUAUCGAGGCUCGGAAAAGGUAAUACUCUUCAAAUUACAAUCUUUAUGGGGUCAAUUUGAUAGUAUGCAAAUGACCGAUAAUGAGUCAAUUCAAUCAUAUACCGACCGAGUCUCAAAUAUUGUUAACCAAAUUCGAUCCAAUGGAGACACCAUUGAAAAUGUUAAAAUAAUUCGAAAAAUAUUAAGAACUUUAACCAAAAAAUUUGAUCAUAUUGUGGCUGCUAUAGAAGAAUCUAAUAAAGAUUUAAGUUCACUCACCAUGACUGAAUUAAUGGGCUCUUUAUUAGCACAUGAAGAAAGAAUGCGUAAAUUUGAAGAGCAACCAAUUGAACAAACUUUUCAGGCUAAAUUAAAAUUUUCUAAUAAUGGAAAAAAUAUAAAUGGCCACGGUAAUAAUUUUCAACCAAAAAAGGGCAAUUUUAACAACCGUGGUAGGGGGAGAGGAAAUCAUAAAAAUCAAGGGAGCCGAGAUAACAACUCUUAUUGCAUAUUAUGCAAGAAAAACAAUCAUAAUACAAGAGAUUGUCGGUACAAAUGCAAAAGAUGUACUCGACACUCUCAUUUUGAAAAAAAUUGUUAUUUCCAGCAAAAGGAAGAGGCUAAUUUCACAGAAAAUAAUGAUCAAUUAUUUUACACAUGUCUGAAUGCUCAAGAAGAGCAAACUGACACAUGGUACAUCGAUAGUGGUUGCUCCAACCACAUGACCGGAAAUAAAAAUUCAUUUGCUAAUCUUGAUGAAAAUAUAAAAUCACAAAUAACACUUGGUGAUGGGAGUAACCAAGUAGUUGCCGGAAAAGGAACAAUUGUUGUUAAAACAAAAAACGGCUCCUCUAAAUUCAUCCCCGAUGUCUUUUAUGUCCCUGGGCUAGCACAAAAUUUGUUAAGUGUGGGUCAGUUAGUCUAA